AUGGAGGCCCUCCCGAUGUCAAUCGUGGCGCUGCCAAGCCGCGCGGCGGCAGAGGCGCUGCUGACUGACCCCUUGGUCGAGUCUGUGGUAGAGAACGGGCUGAACAGGCCCGAGCUUGUGCAGAGCCUUCCCCUUAUUGGGCAGCCGGCGGCGGCGGCGCAGGGCUACAACGGCAGCGGAUGCGUAGUGGCGCUCCUGGAUACAGGUGCCGACUACGCACACCCUGACCUGGGCGCCUGCCCCUACCCCGGUGCCCCGGAGCCCUGCCGCGUCGCGUUUGCGCGCGACUUCACCCCUGCUGAUGACGGUCUGACGGACUCCAGCGGCCACGGCACCAACGUGGCCAGCAUCAUCGCCAAGGUGGCUCCAGGGGUGAAGAUUCUUGUGCUGGACGUGUUCAAACAGAGUACGACUGGAGACUCUCUCGCCUGGGACGCGGAUAUCCUGGCCGCCAUUGACUGGGUGUUGAAGGCUAAAGCCGACGGCUCCUACAACGUCUGCGCCAUCAACCUGUCCCUCGGCUCCACCAGCAAAUGGUUUUCUGAAGUCUGCAACGACAGCCCCUACACGGUGGCGUUCGCCGCCGCGCGAGCAGCCGGCAUCGUGCCCGCCGCAGCGGCCGGCAACGCCGCCCUCAAGGGGCGGCUGCCCACGCCGGCAUGCACGCCCGGGGCGGUCAGCGUGGGCGCCACGUACGACCAAGAUCUGAGGGCACGCGACUGGCGCGUGUGCGGGGAUGAGAUUCCUGUUGAGAAUCAUGUCACAUGCUUCAGCAACAGUGCGCCAUUCCUGACAAUCCUGGCACCGGGGGCAAUCAUCAAUGCGGGCGGCUGGUCCAUGGCCGGCACCAGCCAGGCAGUGCCGCACGUGACCGGCUCCAUCGCGGUCCUGAAGUCCCUGGCGCCAUCUGCCACGUCAGACCAGGUCGUCGCCGCGCUGCUCCAAGGCGGCAUCCCAACACUGGACCCCAGCGCCGGCGUCACGACGCCAAGAGUCAACCUGUGGAACUCGAUUGAGGCGCUCCGAGGGAUUCUAUCAAAGCAGGCACCUGAGUCGCAGCUGGACACCGCGGCACCAACGUGCAGAGUGCAGAUCGUCAGUACUGACGGCCCCGCCUUGACCUACUCCAAAAACGUCACCUUGGUCAUUGUCGGCUCCGACCCCAGCGGGAUCGACGCAAUGUGCAUCACCAACGCCGGCGCAAAGGCGGCGUCGGCGGGCUGCACAGCUUGGGAGCCGUUUGCUGAGGUCAAGCAGUGGCGGCUCGAGGAGGGGCCCUUCGGAUCCCGAGCGGUCGGCGUCUUCCUGCGCGACACCUUGGGCAACGCCAUGCUUAAGCCGGCACUGGCCGAGACCGAGCUCGUGCCCGUGACGACUGUCGCCGUCAGCGGUGGCGCGGCGUUCACGGCGUCCCGGGCUAUCAACCUCUCUAUCUCAGCGCUCGGGGCCGAUCCCGCCACCACAAAAAUGUGCGCCAGCCUCACCGCCCGGACGCUGCGGGCCUGCAGCACGUGGGUGCCCUUCUCUCGCACCCGGAAGUUCACGCUGGGAACGGCUCAGCGCAAGCAAACGGUCCGUGUGUUUUUCAAGGACCCAAAGCUCGACCUACCGCCGGCUUCAGUAGACGUGACGUACGACGCCCAGGCGCCAAAGAUGACAUCAGCCGACAUGCGGCUGAAUGCCACCGCCGCCGGGCCCGAUUCGCUAAUCAUACAAUACGUCCAAGCGGCAAAAGACGCAGUCUCAGGUGUUGCUUCCUACCUGAUUGUCGGGCAGGAAGGGCCUGCGCCACCCGCUGCACGCUGCAGCAGCUCGCCGCUGCGGAAGCGGGUCAUGCGGGGCGCCUUCGCGCAAGAGGCCGGCGCCGCGGGGCUGCUCACCGACGCAGUGACUUUCGUGGGGCUGAAAGGGCAGUCCACUUACUCAAUCCGCAUCUGCGCAGUCGACGCUGCCAACAACACGGCGCUUGGUGUGGUCUUGGUUGCAAAGACUGAUUGA